UGCUUCUAAAUUCUUCCCUAAAUCAUCCAGACAAGUCCUAUAAACUUGUGGACCUAAGACAUUGAUGCUCUUCAGCAACAUAUACCAACCUCUCACAAAAAUUACCAUAUCUCUCUGUUAGGGAUACAAAUACAUACAACUUUCACAACUCCACCAUGGCUGCUUCUAGCAUGUUUAAGCUAUCAUUUUUCUUGAGCCUUCUUUCCCAUCUGAACUUGGGUCUGUGGGCACAAACUCAUAGCAGCUUGGCCAUAUUUCCACCAUCAUGUAACAGCAUAGAGUGCCCAAGCUUUGACACAAUUGAGGUUGGCAAUGGCUAUGAAGUCCGGCGAUACAAUUCGAGUGAAUGGAUAUCCACUUCUCCUAUUCAAGAUAUCUCUCUUGUUGAAGCCACCAGAACUGGCUUCUUACAGCUGUUUGAGUACAUUCAAGGGAAGAACAAGUACGAAGAGAAAAUAGAGAUGACUGCCCCAGUGCUCAGUGAAGUUUCACCAAGCGAUGGACCCUUUUGUGAAUCUUCAUUUGUGGUGAGCUUCUAUGUGCCAAAGAAGAACCAAGAAAACCCACCACCAGCAGAAGGCCUCCAUGUCCAAAAAUGGAAAACCACAUAUGUGGCAGUGAGACAAUUCAGUGGGUUUGUAUCAGACGACAGCGUUGGAGAAGAAGCUGCUGCCUUGAAGACCAGUCUUGCAGGUACUGUUUGGUCUGCCGCCAUCGAGAAAAGCCAUGCAGUUGAUCAUACUUCAGUUUAUACUGUUGCACAGUACAAUUCCCCAUUUGAAUUUGAUCAUAGGGUGAAUGAGAUCUGGUUGUCGUUCGAUUUGGAAGACGGCAUUGCAGUAUAAGAGUGAGAAGAGAACAAAACCACCAUGCUUUAAGACCUCUAAUCUCUUGUAGAGAUAGGCAUUGUGACGGUGAGUAGGUGGCUAAAGUUUUAUGGUGGGGAAAUCCAAACCUGCUAAUUAUCAGUUUACUUCUUUUUGUAGUGAGAAAUGUUGUGUUGCCCAGUAUCAAACUCUGUUACAGUUUACACAGAAUAAAGAGGCUACUUCACUGUAA